CUUUUACACAAAACCCUAGUUUUGCCAGCUCUCUGAGAGUACCCAGGCCCCUUUCGCCAUAGCCGGAGAAGACCUCUCUCGAAUCUUCCAGAACCAUCUUGAAGUUCCCAAGCCGUUGCCACUGCGAAGUUUUAGGCUUUACCAAAUGGUGGUACGUAAAGAAGACCCAACUUUGUCUGAUGAGGACAUGAUGGAAGACAAUGAAACACAGGACCUCUAUGAGGAAGAAUCUGAAUUAGAAUCUGAAUCGGAAGAAGAUGAAGAUAUCAAACUGGCUGAACCUUCGAAGACCUCCAUAUACAACAGGGAUGGCCUCCUUGAUAAACUUGGAGACAUCAGCUGGCCUGAGAAUGUGGGAUGGAUUCACAAGCUUUCCAUCAAUAUUGACCAAGAACAAGAGGUGGACGUGAAUGAUGACUCUGCCCGAGAGGGUUCUUUCUCCGUUCUAGCAUUGAAGGGGACCAGACAGGCAUUUGAAAAUCUUCAGUCGAUGGGGCUUCCUUUUCUUAGACCUUCUGACUAUUAUGCAGAGAUGGUGAAAACCGAUGCUCAUAUGGAGAAAGUAAAGGGCCGGCUUCUAGCACAAAAGAAACAGAUUGAGGAGGCUGAUGAGAGGAGGAAGGCUAGGGAAGCUAAGAGAAUUGCAAAAGAGGUACAGUCCCAGAAGCUGAAAGAACGAGCUAAGCAGAAAAAGGAGGAUAUAGAGUCUGUUAAGAGGUGGAGGAAGCAGAGGCAGCAGAGUGGGUUUUCCAAGGAUAACAAUGAAGCUGAUGAGAUGAGCUUGGCUUUUGAAGAUGGAAAAGCAUUUGAAAGGUCAAAUAAGAGGAGACCGGGAGUAGCCCCUGGAGAUAGGUCUGGAGGAAAAGCAAGACAGUUUGGAGGAAAAGCAAGACAGUUUGGUGGAAAUGGGAAGAAAGGGAUGGAAAAGAACAAGAAGAAAAGGGAUAACAAGAAUUCCAAGUUUGGAUUUGGGGGAAGAAAAGGCUUGAAGAAGCAGAACUCAACUGAGACAACUGAUGAUUUCAGAGGCUUCAACAAGGGUGAAAGCACAGGAAAUAAGAAAAGGAAGAGAUGAUUUACUCUCUCAAGGUUUAAUUUUGUUGUGAGCUGUUACUUUACAAUCUAAAUUUUUCCAGAAAGGACUCGUGUAGCCUGUUGAGCUUCUUUGGUGAUUUCUUUCUUUCUCGUUUAAUCGCUUGGCUAGUAGUUUUGGUAACUUCAAAUUGUGAUCAUUUUUGGUCCCAACAAAUGAAUGAAAUUAAGUUAUGGUUGUUUUUUC